UUCAACACAUUUUCUUUAGGGUAUAUCUGCCAAGGCCUGUUUUACUCGUUUUUUUUCCCCCUCAAGACAGAUGCAUCUAAGCUACUUUUUACUGCAAUGUUUUUUCCUGCUUUUAAGAGCAAUAUAAAAAUCCCGCAAAUAAAAAAAUCUCUAAUAUUUUGUCGUCAGUUCUCCCAGCCUCCAGUUAUCCUUCUACGGAGUCAUCGUCUAACCAGAACUCGUUUUCUAAGCAGAAAAUUGCUGAGCCAGGUUUGGACACAGGAAGGUACUGUCACGUGGGCCUGAGGAGCUGGAAAGUUUACGCCGGGGAAGAAAUGCACACGUUUGUACAGAUCGCCGUUUAGCAAACUCAGCCGAGGUGCACUGAGACCUAUCUGAUGUACAUUAUUGUCUUCCUGGCCAAGACUUCUUCUAGCUCUAAGUGUUCAGACCUAUUUUGAAUUCUGACUUCAGGCAUCAGUCCUCAGGAAACUUACAUGGAACUCCAGCGCGCACAUCAGUUACUAUUCUCUGUAUUUUGAAGUUUUUAAAUUUGAGAAUAUAAUCUCUCUACUGCUAGAGAACAUACCUGAAGCUGUUCUUCUCAGAGUCCUCCUCAGAUUAUCCCUUUUGUAUUGUAUCGGGAAGCCUUUUCCAAUAAGCACUUCGAGAGAAGAUGAAUGCUCUGUCUCAUCCAAUACUGAAGGUUUGAAGAAAGAAGACAUUCGCUAAGUCAUAUUACUUCAGAUGUGAAGAAAAUCGGUGGAUUUUAUCCUGUAGACAUUUUGACAGAAAUAACCACAAACCACAUGCAAGAAGAGUAAAAGGAAAGUUACUUUUCAAGUCAAGUACAUCAUAAUGCAGAAUUCUUUAUCAAUACCACCAAAAGAUCAAGAUGUGCCCAUGCUCGCCAGUCCUGCUGAGAAACAGCUGGCUCAGCAGAUGCCCGAGUCUCCUGGCAAGAUGGCGGGCUCAGGUGACUCCAGCACCCCUUCUGGAACAACACAGAGUGGGAAAGGUCUGCAGAGUAAGACUCAGUUUAGGUCCAUUGCACCCAAACUCGCGCCCAAAGUCCUGACACCCAGAGUGCUGCCGUGUCAGUCACCGUCACUUUCUGAUCAGGUGACUCUAGGACCUGCCAUCAGCCCCAGGCCACUGGGGGUGCCCACCCAGAACUACGCACUCAUGCAGGUUGCUGGCCAGGAGGGGACGUUUUCUCUUGUCGCUCUGCCCCACGUCGCCUCAGCUCAGCCAAUUCAGAAGCCCCGAAUGCCACUGCCUGAAAACCUGAAGCUGCCUAUUCCUCGAUAUCGACCCCCAAGAAAUAACAGAGGAGCCAGAAGAAAGCGUGUCCUGAGUUCUCCUGAGAGUCGCUGUAGCAAACCUCCUGCCCAGACCCAGAUUUAUCCUCGGACGUCUCUCUCCCCACCUGCCCAUCCCGAACUUCCCCACAAACCCAGCCCACUGGAGCACAGGCUGCCAGCGGAUGAAGCUCCAGCCACCCUCAGCCCGUCUGUACUGCCCAACGGAGGCAGCCAAGGAGACAUGAGACUGCCAGUGACCAACAGCCAUGGAGAGCUGGCCCCUCCUGUGCCCCUGGCUCCGUUCACACCCCAGGAGCCCUCUGUGCAGCAGAGCCUCCCCACAACUGCAGGGAGAGCAAACCCACCAGACAAGAGAGCGCCCAGUAAGCCUGCGGCCCUCGCCAGUGAGAGAAGGACAGAACAGGUGGAUCUCACAAAGGCCAUGACCAACUUUGCACCGUCCAUUGUCGGCAGUGCAGUCCAGCUCAUCUCUUCUGGCCCCAGGGGUAAACUGCCAAUCUUACCCUACUCGGUCAUGAAAACCACGGAGUUCUGCAAAAUUGAAUCAAAUGCUCAGGCUGCAGAUUCACCGUCAGUGGGGCCUGGGACGAACUUGAACUGUAAUAAGAUACCGUCUGGCACAGAGAGCUGCACUGCAGCCACCAGGAUGGGAAGCAAUGUCCUUGCACCACGAGUGCAAAAGAGUCCCUGUCCAGCCAGCAAACUAGAUCUUGGCCACAAAACGAAACCAAGCAGUGGGGCCGCAAAGAAGAGGGGCAGAAAAUGGAAGGGCUCAGAUGAGAUGUUGGGACUCCAGGGAAGGAGGAGGAAGUGCAUCCUUAGUAAGUGUAGAGAUGGUAAAGAGAGAAUGAAAAGUGGUCCCCAAGAAUCCAGAGACCAGAAGCCUGGGGCCAUGAAAAAAUACCGUAGCAUCAUGCCCAAGCCUGUGAUCGUCACGCCCAGUUUGGCCCCCCUGGCUUCUCCUGCAGCUGCAGUACAACCCCAGACGCCCAGUGGCCCAGCACAGGACGCCUUGUUAAAUACUCCACUCGCUUCAAAAUAUUUCAGCUGUUCGCAGGAGGACAGCCCUUCCUCGAACUCUAAGCCCAGUGCUGGGUUCAGAAAUGGACUCUCUGGCAUUAGGAAGGCCUGGCACAGAUGUCACUUCUGUAACCACCACUUCGAGUUCAAACAGCACCUUCGAGAGCACAUGAAUACACACACCAACCAACGGCCUUACAGCUGUCGGGUCUGUCGCAAGGCCUACGUGCGUUCCGGCAGCCUGAGCACACACAUGAAGCUUCAUCAUGCCGAGAACCGCAUGAAGAAACUGGUGUGUUGUGAGUUUUGUGCAAAAGUGUUUGGUCACAUCCGAGUCUAUUUUGGCCAUCUGAAAGAGGUGCAUCGGGUUGUGAUCAGCACCGAGCCCUCCCCCAGCGAACCGCAGCCAGGGGACGUGCCAAAGAGCAGAGGCGGGACGGAGGGAUCCCUGGAAAGGGAGCACAAGCCCAGCCUGGAAGAGGACCUUCUUCUCAACCAGGUGGAUGAAGUCAAACUGCAAAUCAAAUGUGGUCGCUGUCAGAUCACGGCUCAGUCUUUUGCCGAAAUAAAGUUUCAUUUACUUUAUGUUCAUGGAGAGGAAAUUCAGGGCAGGCUGCAGGAGGACAUCUUACCAGGAAGCAAAGGAGUUCAGGAAGAACUGCCCAAGUGCACACCCCCAGACCGGAAGCAGCUUCCCGAGAGAAGGAGACCAGAGAAGCACCGUCCCCCCGAGGAGGAGGUACAUGCGUUUCCCACAUUGAAAAGGCAGCUCUACCUUCAUCAUCAAAACGGCGUGGAAGUGCUCAUGGGCAGUGACGGAGCCCAGCUAGGAACUAAGGAGCCCAGGGAAGGCCCCAAGGGCCCCGAGGGUCCUGGCCCCUUCUCGGGCCUCCUGUGGUCCCGGUCAGGCUUCAACUGCCUCCUCUGUGCACAGAAGCUGGCGUGGAAGGAGGAGCUCCUGCUCCACUGGCAGCACCAGCAUAACUGCGAGGACCCAGCCAGGCUCUGGGCUAUUUUCAGCACCUUCUCUAACCAGGGAGUGAUGGCACUUCCCAGUGAGACUGAGAAAUGAAACACUCAGGCGAGCUGAGGUGGAAGAGAACUCGCUGCCAUCUUUGUCUCGUAUGGUGGUGCUUGAUUACAAAAAUCAAACAACUUAGCAGCAUUAAUAAUAGAAGUGAUUUUUGUACAUAGUUCUAUUUUCUUAUUAAAUAAAAUGUAUGCCCUUGGUGCAUAUUUUUCUAACCAUAUGCAAUCUGAUUUUAAAAUUCUGCAUUCUGGUUCUUAAAAUCUUCUAUUUUAUUUCAAAAUACAUGAAGGGAUCAAAAUUUGUAGAUUGAAAUGUAGAGGAUCAUAGGCUAUUCUUCAAAGACACUUCUUAGUAAAAUGAGCGUGUGUGUGAGUGUGUACGCACUGGUGUGUGUCCUUCUGUUCAGAUAGUUUUUAUUUACAUACAUCAACAAACGUGAACAAUUGCCAAGCGGCAAAGCCAUUUUCAUCUCAGCCAUUGUAUCACAUUCGGUAGUGAAUGUUGGUAUUUAUUAAUUAUCUGGCUUAUGUGAAUGAACUGUUAGAGCAAUAUUUUAAUAAGGUUGUCAUCUACUAUAAUUUAAAAUCCAUGUAUUCAGGGCCUGUAUUUGUCUGUAUUCUGUUAUUUUCUUAAACACAUAUUGUCUUGAGAAUUAGUGGUUGGCAAGUUUACAGCUGUCAUGUUCCAUAUCAAAAUAAUAAAAAAAAAAUUUUUUAGUAUCACAGCUAAUAAAAAAAAAAGAAUCUACUUUCUUGGUAAAAAGUUAUUUUCAAGUGAUCUUUGGGGCCAGACAAUUUACAACCUGGAAAGUGAACUGGAUAGCUUAGUCCAGAUGUGUAGGUGUCCCGACUGCUUUUCCUCACUCCCAAGGAAAUUCAGAGGCUGGUUGUUAGCUGAUCAGUUUUAGAUGCAACUGUGCCUUUCAAGCCCAACUUCUCUUUGAAAGUCGAGAGUAAGUGAUUGCCUCUUAAAUUCCUAGGAAAUGACCUCAAAUCAGAAAAGUUACCAUUUGAAGUUUCUGGCCGUCCAGGCUGCAAAAUCUUUUUCUUAAAAGGGAAGAGUUUGAACCCAGAUCGGGCUAAGACCUCAGCCUUUGGAUGAAAGCCCAGUGCUUGUGGCCAGCCCUGUGGACUGAAGCGUGGCCCAGGCCUUGUCAUGACAUUUUUCUGUGCUAAAGGAAGUUACCUAAAAAGAGGAAGAUCUGAGUCCUAACUGGUAAGCUAGUAGGUCUGAAGUCAUCUUUUGUUCACAUGUAGUUGUAAAAACAAGUGUUCAAGGCCACAGUUUGGCUCUAAUAGUAGAAAAGGGGAAAAUUCACUCUCUGCCUUUUUGCAAAUUGAUUUGCAAAUUUGAAAGUAAGAACUUAGGGAUGGAAAUCUCUGAAAGAUUUUGCCAUACUUUAUCAAUUGGUCACACUCUGCCCG